AUGAAUUCUGGGGGGCUGACGACCCCUUCCCUCCCCCCAGCCCCAGAAGACCCUCCUCCGUGGGCGGCCCCCCUGCCCCGUCCUUUCCUCCACAGCCUCCGGAUCCUCUUCGAAAUCCUGGACGACCAACGGAAGGGGGCCGUUCACAUCUCGGAAAUCGAGAGCCGCUGGGGGCGUGGCGGCUCUGGGGUGGCCCCCCAAGGGGAGCAAGAGAUCCCAGCUGGGGUGCUUCGGGCCCUCCGGCAAGUGGCAGAGCCGUGCGGGGGCUUUUUAAGUUUUCCCCGCCUAGUGGCCGGGUUGAGAAUUGCCCUCUCGCAAGCCGAGGAAGAUGCCGAGGCGGCGGAAGGGGGACGCGGAGCUGCCCCGGCGUUGAGGAGUUUGAGUCGGACGCGGGAAUCCAAUGGGAAAGGAGUCACUCGGUCCAGGAGCACAAACAGCUUCUUGUCCCAAACUGGCCAGUGCAGGAUCAUUCCAAAGGAACCGCGUAGGCACACCAUUUCCAGUGCCGUGGAAUAUGAAAUGCUGAAGCAGAUGCAGCAGCUGGAACGGGAACGGGAUGCCUUGCUGCAAGGCUUGGAAAUGGUGAACCAGGUGCGCGACUGGUUACAGCGCCAUCUGCUGGAGGCUCAAAAACGCCAGAAGCACAUGGGAGCCCAGGCGAAUAAUUACCAAGAUUCUUACUCUAAGCAGAGCUGCCUGCUGCUGGCCAAGAUCCAGGAAGUCAAUCUGUGCUUGAAAAGUUUACUCACUUCUUCUGGAAAGUCUGAAGUGCCACUCAAGAGUUGUGGGAUUCCCUUUUCUUCUCCAGGAGAUCCAUUUCACCAACAAGCCAUCAUUGUGCUAAAGGAGCAGAACCACCUAUUGACCAAGGAAGUGUCCCAAAAAUGUCAACGUAUUGCCCAACUGGAGGAAGAAAAAGCAUCUCUUUGGAAGCAGCUGAAGAAGAGCUGGGGUUGUGGACUGCCCGGCCACAAGGAGUUCACCUUUAUCUGACGAGACGCUCAGGGGCGGGCAACAAUAAGCUCAAUGACGCUUCGGCUUCAGUUG